AUGGCUAACCACCGAGAAAUUAGUCCCAUUGCCAAUCUUAUCGAUGAUGGCCGAGCCGAGAUUCUUCCUUAUAAAAACAAAGGCCGUUUCUAUCCUGCUGAUUGGGUAUAUGUUUUGCUGCCUAACCCCGACGGAACGGUAGCACGCCAUGGUCCGUAUAUGAUCGAGAUGGUGACUGGAGGGCAAUAUUCCGUUUGUGACGAUGAUGGAAACCCGAUUGCCAUAGGAGGAAAGAAAUUGUUCAAAGAGUCAGAGGUGGAAGCUGCCUCGUGA